AUGGCGACCAUACUCGGCCAAAAGGUCAACGCCAUCGGCUUCGGCCUCAUGGGCUUGACCAGGCCAGAGGCUCCCAUCCCCCAAGAAGACGCCUUCGCCGCCAUGGACGCCGCGUUCGAGCACGGCGCCCACUACUGGAACGGAGGCGAGUUUUACGGCACGCCGGACCACAACAGCCUGCAUCUCCUCCACGCAUAUUUCGCCAAGCACCCCGAGCGGGCGUCACGGAUCGUGCUCGCCAUCAAGGGGGGCCGCGUGCCGGGCACGUUGAUCUUCGACGGCAGCGAGGCCGGGGUGCGACGAUCGGUCGACGAGUGCGUCCGCCUCCUGGACGGCAAGAAAACCCUCGACAUCUUCGAGUGCGCCCGAGUCGACCCGAACACGCCGAUUGAAGAGACGAUCCGGGUGCUGGGCCUGUUGGUCAAGGAGGGCAAAAUCAAAGGCAUCGGGCUGAGCGAGGUCAAGGAGGAGACGAUCCGCCGCGCGGCCAAGAUCCAUCCGAUCGCCCAGGUCGAGGUCGAGUUGUCGCUGUGGUCGCGGGACAUCCUGUACAACGGCGUCGCCAAGACCUGCGCCGAGCUCAACAUCCCCAUCAUCGCCUACGCGCCGUUGAGUCGCGGCGGGCUGACCACGCAGGUGCUGGGGGACCACCGAGACCUGCCGGCGCACCUCGCCCGCUACCCGAGGUUUCGGGGCGACGCCCUGGCCGCCAACAGGGAGAUGACCAAGGAGGUGCACGAGAUGGCGAAGAAGAAGGGCUGCACGGUCCCGCAGAUCGCCAUCGGCUGGGUGCGAGCCCAGAGCGAACGGAACGGCAACGGCGUCAUCAUCCCCAUCCCCGGCGCGGAAAAGCCCGAGUGGGUGGCGGAAAACUGUGCGGAGAUCAAGCUGACCGAGGAGGAUUUGCACAAGCUCGAUCAAGUCCUUGAACGCAUCCCCAUUCAGGGUGGAAGAUAUGCUGAGGCUGAGGCGAGGCUGAGCGAAGGAUAA